UAAUAGUUUGGACUCAAUUUUUCAUCAAGAUCGGUUAAGAACUGUUUGAGUGCCAAAAUAAAAAAAUACAAAUUUUAUUCAAUGUAAAAAAAAACAAAAAUAGAUUGGGUUGAAAAUGCUGAUAAUCAGCUGUGCGGAAGAGGCACCUUAUUUAAUGAACCGUGAUAUAAAACUUAUAAACUUUUCAUUCAAUCAUGAAAUUUCCUUCAAAAUACAAAAAGCCAACAAAUUUCAAUGAAAAAUAUCAAGCCGCUUUAAGCAAAAGAAAUUUAAAAAAAGAAAAUGAAAAUAAGACCGGCUCAAGUUGCUGCCUUUGCAUUUAUGGUGGGCUACACUAUUUUUGGACUGAUGUGCCUAAAAUUGGUUUACAAUCGCCAAAGUUGCAAUGGUUCCUUUUACCUCACUAAAGCCUAUAAUGUUUGGCCUAUAUAUCAUUUUUUCUUUGGGCAACAAAUACAUGCAGAAGCCCUUUUUGACGAUCGUUAUUGUGCUGGCAGUUUACAUGGAUUUUUAAGUUGCGUUUCAACUUAUGUUUUAGGUUAUGCCGUUGCUGUUUAUCGCCUUUUAAAUGGUUUUCGCACACGAUUUGUCAAACUUCUGCAUGUGGGUUUACACGCAAUUUCCUUUGCAUUCUUUAUCUGUGGUUAUUUUAUUCUAUAUUUUACGGAGUAUUACGUGGAAAAUGAUUUUAACCAUUUUCAUGCCUACACCUCGAUAUUUGUUUGUUGUAUGUAUUUGUCUCAGAUUAUUGUUGGCUUGUCACUUUUUCUCUUUCAAAGAAAUAUACAACUUCGUUUAAAAUUUGCUCCAUUUCAUGAUGUUUUCGGUAUUUGGUUGAUUAUUGCUUUGGUGGCUUGCUGCUUAUCGGGUAAACGUUACGCCCAGGUGGACUAUACGAAAAAUAAUCAACAUGCCUUCUAUAGUCUGACAUUUGUUUCGUAUUCUUUUCUCUUGAUAGUGGUUUUAAAUCCAUUUUUUGAAUGGGAUUUGGUGGGUCAUAUGUAAAGAAAUAUAUAAUAUCCAUCAUAUCUAAAGAUGUAUUAUUUUAUAAAAUUAAUUAAUUUAACUUCUUAGAUAUAUUUUACUGGACCAUUAAGUUCCAAAAUAUUUUCAUAUAUCUCUACCGGUUUAAAAAUAAUCACAAGGUAUCUUGUGUAAGUUUGCGUUUUUUAUUUCUCCUGAAAAUUUAUCAAAAAAAAAAAAAAAAAAAACUCAUAGACCGUUUUACAGUCUCGUUAAACUGUUGCAAUUUUAUUACUUCUAAUAAUUGUAUUACUAUUAUUUGUACUUUUUAUAAUUGACAUACUUUUAAUUAAACUAACACUACAUAAUGUUGUUCACACAAAUUAAUUUACUUACCAUUACACUUAACACCGGAAUU